AUGAUUUGUAAAAUGCUGCCGCAGAGUAUGUCAGUGGUCGGUGUCGCCUGGGGUCCAGGCAUUGUCGAAGCCUACCUCAGUGCUUUGGUCCAUAACUCCUCACUGUUGACUGAAGAAACUGUCAACGAGUUGUUGGGAUAUCCCAGCAGCAGGUAUUUCGCAGCUAUGGGCUCCUCGAACAUCAUCGUCUAUUCGAUUCUGGCCGGUGGCGAGGUCAAUAGGCCACAUGUCAGCGCCAUCUCCUCUUGCAGCAUGAUCGCCGUCUACCUGUUGAUUCCAGUAUGGGGGCAGGUUUCCCAGCGAACGUCACCAAGGCUUCUAUCGUUGCUCUCGGCCACUGGUUUCAGCUUGGGUUAUCUGAUGGCUGCGUGGGAGUUCUCUGGAGCACCGCAUACUUCGGGCCCCACCUUUAUCAUCGUCCUCGCGGUAUUUUGCUUGAUUGGAGCAGCAACUAGUGCGACACUCAUGGGUUCAAUCGCGGCAAUCGCAGCGACGUUCGAGGGGAGCCCAUACAUCGGGAUCGCCCUGGCCGCCCCAGUUGCAUGCUUCGGUAUCAGUGGGUUGGUGGAGAGCCGACUAGCUCUCCUGUUUGUCAACUCGGAAGGGGUCUUUGAAGUCGUUAAAUACUUUAUUGCGCUCGCCACGGUACUGUUGAGCACUGGCGUGGUUGGGGCGGUCGGACUUCGAACCCCUGGAAGACAAAAGCCUGCGUUUGACAGCGAUACGGAGGAUCCGGCCGGGUUCGAAGAACGAGAUCUGCUAGAUUCACCAGUGGAGAGUUCUCCACAUCACUAUGGAACAGUCCAGCAACCAAUUAGCUCAACUUCAGAUGAAGAUCGCCCUCUAUGCGAGUCUAGACGACGACACUCGUUGAAGCACCCAGAAUCUAGCACGAUGGCAAUUCUGAAAGACCCGGUCCUGUGGCUUCUUGCGGUCGCCAGUCUCUUGAUUGCCGGUCCUUGCGAAGUAUAUAACAUGAAUAUGAGCACCAUCAUUGGGUCUGUAUCCGGGAGCAAGUUCAGCCAGCCAGACACGGUUUCCCAACACGUCAUGGUCCUCUCCCUGACCUCCACUUUCGCACGGAUAGGCACUGGCAUUCUCUUUGACCGUCUAGGGAAUCUCAUUCAUUCCCAGACUGAUCAAGGAACUGCUCGAAGCGGUUUCUUUUCCUCACGUAUUGUCCUAUUUCUCUUCCCCGCAACGAUCGAUUUUCUCGGCUACAUGACCCUCAUUAGCGGCCAGUGGCUCAGACCCUAUGUUAGGGUCAUGAUUACUACCGCCUCGGUAGGUCUGAGCUACGGCAGUAGUUGCUCGCUCACCCCUCUUACUACCCUGAUAUGGGGACAGGAUGGGUUUGCGAUCUCGUGGGGAAUCAUCACUAUGGCACCAGCGGUUGGGAUCGGAAUCUCAGGUCUCAUGUUCUCGGAGAUGUACAAACGCGCGCUCAUUCUGCAUCCUGCCCAAUCCGAGCAAUUCAGCCACUGGAACUGUUACGGAGUUUGGGCGACACACUGCGUUAUUGCCGUCCUUGUUUCUAUUAUUUGUGUGGUCCUGGCACGCUGGGAGCUGAAGAGCCGGAAGAUAUAUAUAUGA